GUACAUGUGUGUGUGUGUGGAUAUGAGUGUGUGAGCGCCGUGUCCCUCCCUCCAGCCACCCCACCCCCGGGGAGGGGAGGGCUGGAGGGGAGGGGGGCUCCGACGGCUCGCCUCGCUCCGGCAGCCCCAGUCUCUCCGGCAAACGUCAGGGAGGUCAUUAAUAACCAAUUAGGAGGGUCAAUGAAGCUCAUAUAUAGCCGGGCGGGAGGCGCCGAGCCGCACGGAGCCCGGCCGCCGCCUCGCCCCCAUGAUGGGCUCGGUGCUGCCCGCCGAAGCCCUGGUGCUCAAACCCGGGCUGAAGCCGCAGGGGCUGGCCCUGGCCGAGGUGAUCACGUCGGACAUCCUGCACAGCUUCCUCUACGGCCGCUGGCGGAACGUGCUGGGCGAGCAGCUCUUCGAGGAGAAGAGCGGCCCCAAAACCGCCUUCACGGCCGAGGUCCUGGCGCAGUCCUUCUCCGGAGAGGUGCAGAAGCUGUCCAGCCUGGUGCUGCCGUCGGAGGUGAUCAUCGCGCAGAGCUCCAUCCCCGGCGAAGGGCUCGGCAUCUUCUCCAAGACGUGGAUCAAGGCGGGCACCGAGAUGGGGCCCUUCACGGGCAGGGUCAUCUCGCCCGAGCACGUGGACCUGUGCAAGAACAACAACCUCAUGUGGGAGGUCUUCAACGAGGACGGCACGGUGCGGUACUUCAUCGAUGCCAGCCAGGAGGACCACCGCAGCUGGAUGACCUACAUCAAAUGUGCCCGGAACGAGCAGGAGCAGAACCUGGAGGUGGUGCAGAUCGGGAACAGCAUCUUCUACAAGGCCAUCGAGAUGAUUCCUCCGGAUCAGGAGCUGCUGGUCUGGUACGGGAACUCCCACAACACCUUCCUGGGCAUCCCGGGCGUGCCGGGGCUGGAAGAGGAGCAGAAGAAGAACAAGCAUGAGGAUUUCCACACGGUGGAGACGGGGGCCAGCACGACCGGGCGCAUGCGCUGCGUCAUCUGCCACCGCGGCUUCAACUCCCGCAGCAACCUGCGCUCCCACAUGCGCAUCCACACCCUGGACAAGCCCUUCGUGUGCCGCUUCUGCAACCGCCGCUUCAGCCAGUCCUCCACCCUCCGCAACCACGUCCGCUUGCACACCGGCGAGCGGCCCUACAAGUGUCAGGUCUGCCAAAGUGCCUACUCCCAGCUCGCCGGGCUGCGGGCACACCAGAAAAGCGCCCGCCACCGGCCCCCCAACGCCUCCCUGCAGGCUCAUUCCCCCGCCCUGCCCGUGCCCCAUCCCGCCUCCCUGGCCCAUCACAUCCCCACCAUGGUGCUGUGAGCCCCGGCACGGCAGCGGGUUUUCGGAAAGCCGCUGCCAACGGGCAAAAGACUGGCGCUGAGGCACGCAAGAAGCGGGGCUCCCUUGGCAUCGCUGGGGGGCAGAGGCAGGGCUGCUUUGCGUGGCGAGCGGGGAGCCGGUUUUGUUUUGGAGCGUCCCCGAGGAGGUGUGAUAGAGGGUGAGCUGCUUGUCCCCGGGGCUGGCAGGGGGACAGGGAGAAGGGAUGGUGCGCCCACGGGCAGGGCACGGCGCGGUGGGUUUGCUGGCGCACAACAGGCGGGCUGGGGCAGCCUCAAGGCUGUGCCUGGAUUUUGCACCUGGGUUUUGCAGAUAAUUGACGGAAAG